AUGGUGGGCAAUCCUACUUCAUCACCAAGCGCAACAUCUGUAGGAGGAGGAGGACGUGCUCCAUCAAAAUCAGUGUCUCCUAGGUCAAGUGGAGGGUCACAGGUCAGGCAAAGGAAAACUGGUGGUGCCACCACAAGGGGGCGCACUCCAGCAGGCAACAGCGGAGGAAUGUGGAGAUUUUACACAGAAGAUUCCCCAGGACUUAAAGUUGGACCGGUGCCUGUUCUUGUCAUGAGCCUCAUCUUUAUUGCUUCAGUUUUCAUGCUUCACAUCUGGGGAAAAUACACCCGCAGUUAGAAUGGACUCUCCCACAUUUAAAUGGAUCUCAUAGCUGUAUGGAGAGGGAUGGAUUGCAAGAACUGUUGAAAGCAGGGGGAAUGCAUGUGCUGAGGGACAGGAUACUCCACCUUAAUUCUGAAUCAUGUGUGAAAAUAGGCCAUGAUGGGUUAACCCAUCGAUGGUCGAGGAGAAAGUCCUCAGAAAGGUCACAAAUUGUUUUAUCAGCCAGUCACCUAAUGUCCCAUCUUCAAACGCCCAGAAUUUCCGAGGGAUCUUACAAAAAAUAAAUUCUCUGCCAAUUGCCGUGUAACUUCUACAUUUUCUUCCUCCUAUCGAUUCUAAUCAUGGUGGAGACCGAUAGCAAUUUCAGCAAAAAAUGUGUAUUUUGUCCUGUUUGCUUAAUAAUUUUGAUGCAUGUAUUCCUGUGGAUUUUAAAGAACUAAGUUCCAUCUCAAACAUCUAUACAAAUUUAUCUGUUUUUUCUCUUUCUUUUAGUAUAUAUUUUUGAUGUAAUUAGUUUCAUUGCUGGAUAGAUAAUGUGGCAUGUUUCUAAUUUAUUUUCUCCACACUCUUGCAUUGUCUGAUUUUGUAUACCGGUAGACCGUGUCAGUUCAUACAUUCCCUAAGAGUAACAAUUGAUCAUUAUUGUAGGUAUAGGUAAAACUUAUUUUAUUCAUUGUAGUGUAGAGCUGUUUGAAAAAGUAAUUUGUUGAUGGAUUUUGGAUUUUAAAGAUUAAUAAAAUAUCUGUGUAAGUUGUCUUCUA